AUGUCAUCUCCGUCGGAUUUCUCUUCCUGCACAUCUGAAAGUGAUCUAGAAAGUUUUACAGUUGACGAAGUGAUGGGGGAAUUGUCUGAAUUUGCGCCGUACGACGACAGUUGCGAACCCCUUGCUACCGAGGAAGAAGCCGCGGACUACAACGAAAGAGUUCAUCGCGAAGAAGAAGAGGAACAACAGUUUCAGCGAAGAUAUUCGGGAGAGGUGCCAGCGAAUGAAUGGUAUUGUAUUAUCAUGGAUUGUAGAUUUAUAUUUUUAUUUUCCAAUUUCAACAUACCCGUCGUUAAAUCGUGCGCGUGAGGAACGCGACUGUGUGUUUUGUUUAAGUUUACAAUUUCGUUGCUAUGUGAUUAACUGUAGUCCUGAUUUUAUGCGAUAGUUUUAUUGAAGAGGUCAGACAAUUAAUAAUUUUAUACAGACGUAUUUUUCUUGUGUUUGACGAAUUUUUCACAUUAUUUUGUAGGUGUUCGUGCUCGAACUGCUCUGUCAGCCUUGUUACAAAAGCGCAGGAGUGUAUUUGCUGCAAAGACAGGGCUUCUGAUAUUUCGCGGAAAAAAAAGCAAAAUUUCGCGGGAUUUUCAGGGGCAAAUUCGCGGAAAAAUCGGCCGAUUUCGCGGGAUUUUCGCGGGAAAAAAGUCAAAAUUCGCGGAACAAUCGGCCGAGUUCAGGCAAUUUUCGCGGGAGAAAAGUCAAAAUUCGCAGAAAAAUCGGCCCAUUUCGCGGGUUUUUAGCGGAAAAAAGUCAAUUUUCGAAGGAUUUUCAGGGGCAAAUAAUUUCCUACGAAUUUCUUAGGAGAAUUAGCCGAUUUCACGGGAAAUUUCGGGGGGAAACUUUGCCAAGAAACAAUCAGUAAAAAACAGCCGAUUUCGCUGGAUUUUGUUGGCAAAUUUCGCUAAAAUCGAUCAAUUUUGCGUCGAUAUGACCAGCGUUGGUGAACGUUUUUCUAACAGGGAUGAUCAUUUGCUCGUUCAACAACAGUUCGCUCAAGAAAUGAGCAAAUGUUAAAGCUAUUUACAUUAUGGUUAGUGCCCAGUUUUUCGCAACGUUCAUCUAAAAACGCCUGGUACUUUUGGGACAUUGUUUACUCGUUGCAGUGACGAAGUUUCAAGCUAAAUUUGGACGUUUGGGGUGAAUAAAACCGGUCUAAUAGCCAAGAUAAGUAUUAAAUAUGUUUUGCCGACAUGUAUUUGGAAAUAUUUCUGGCGGAUUUCGCGGUAUUUCGCGUUUUGCGGGGAAUUUCGCGGGAUUUCGCGGAAAUACCUGAAUUUCGCGGGUCCGCGACCGCGCGAAAUAUCAGAAGCCCUGCAAAGAGAUCGAUCGCUGCGAAGAGGUCAUGGAAGAAGCCAUUGGAGACCGGACCUUAUGCAUAACCCUCCAUCCAGGGUUUGAAAGCGUCUGCUUAAACCGCCACGUAUUAGAAGUGGCUGCACUGGGCCUAAAAACGCGAGCUGGAAAGUGGUACACAACUGUUCGUGGGCAAAGCAACAAAAGUGAUAAUGAGUAAGUUGGGGUAUUGUUGACUUUGUAUCGGAACGAUCGAACCGUACAUAGCACUGAAUAAUUGAUACAUCUAAGUUUAUCGCCGUGGACUGAUCUCAUAGAAUCACAUUUUUUAUUUUCUAAAUGGCUUUAUUGUCCCAACUGCUUAUUUUUAAAAGGAGUAUUAAUUUAUCUCCAUCCAAUCCCUCCUUGAAUUAACAGUGAUCUCAUUUCUCUAACUAGAUUCCUGAGGUCUGUGGCCUAUCGCCAAUUUACAAGACUGCUGUGGAGUUAUAUUGGUAGUUCCAGGCGAUACCCCUUGCCCUGUUGUGCCUACAAUAAAAUCAGGAAACAAUUUCCGAGUCAAAAUGGCCAUUAUCGUGGAUUCGAAGAUGAAGAAAAUGAAUAA